GGGAUCAGCGCCGAUCCACAGACCGGUUGUUGAGAAACACCGCUCUAGACAAUAAUACUGUGCAGUAGAUCUAAAGAACUCAGUACACUUUCCCAGCCUCACAACAUGCCCAUGAAGUAGCUUGCUCCAGCCAGGAUCCUUCUGCUGCGGAGAUGUGCAGCGGCAACAUACAGCCCACCAAGGCCUGGAACAGAACGGGAGUACAUCGUGAAGGUCGGGGGUGUUAACGUUCUCCUAUAAUCUCUCCUGACAUGAGUGAAAUGGGGGAGAGACGGUUUUAACCGUUCUCUUCCUGGGCUAAUUCCAGCUUUAAGAAAGUUGGCGAUAAAAUGGGACUUGAAUUUCAGCAGGAAAUUAGCUUUUAAAAAGGGGCUUCAUCCUGGGAAGUGCUGAGCGGGAGCCACUGCUGUGGGUGGGAAUCUCAGGAUGUCACAGGACAUGCUCUGCACUUCGCAGUGUCAGGUCAUAAACACAACAUGGGACUGUAUCCCUGAAAGGAGAUCAGACCAUGCCUCUUGGUGACUCUAAGUCACAGGGUCCUGGUCAGGAGUGGCAGCAGAUCUCUAAAAGUGGGUGUGGGCCACUGGUGCAUGAACUGUGGCCCUGCCCCUUUCCCCCCCCCCGAGGCCCUGCCCCCGUACCGCCCAUUCCCCUGGGGCCCCGCCCCCUUGCUGCCUCUUCCCCCCAAGACCUCGCUCCCUUCUCUCCGCUCCCUCCCUCCUGUCGCUCGCCCUUACAGCUGGUAAAAAGUGUGAGGGCUAAGCCCCCUGGCCCUCCUUCUUCCGGCACCCCUGGUCCUGGUUCUUCUUUCUCGUGUUUCUCCCUCCCUCUCUCACACCUGCAGAAAGGAUCCCGUGGAACAGGGAAUAGUGUGACCCUGGUAGCGUGAAGCAGAACGUUUCUGUGAGCAGAGGUGCAGUCGGAGACAAGACACAGUUCGUUGUCAAGCAGCAGCGCCCCCCUGCACGAGGAAGGACAGCGGGCUCCACUCCUGCACUGGGCCUUCAGCAAGAGAUUCCCCCAGCUCAGCCCCCUCUACCCGAGCCUGCAUCAGAGUCUGAGCACUGACUUCCCCAUGGUAAAGGACCCUGGUGUUGCACGCAGGGCUCCACUGCCACAGACGAGUGUGACAAGGGAGUAAACCCUUGGCACGAGCCGAUCUGAAAGAAUGCCUAAGGGAUCAGUUGCCAAGAGGAGAAGUCCUGCAGAUACCUGUGAGUGUAACCAUGGCCCAGGUGCAGUACGACUGUUCCAGGGGGAAUCAUCAGAACAUCACCAAUUCAACAGCCUCCCCCGUGGGACAGGAGCAAAUUCAACUCCUGUUGCACGUCUGCAAGGAAGCUAAGAAAUCUGCUUACUGUCCAUAUAGUCACUUCCCAGUGGGAGCAGCACUACUGACUUGUGAUGGGAAGAUCUUCUCUGGCUGCAAUGUAGAAAAUGCCUGCUACCCCCUGGGGGUGUGUGCUGAACGCACUGCCAUUCAGAAAGCCGUGUCAGAAGGGCACGUGAAUUUCAGAGCCAUGGCCAUUGCUAGCAACAGUGAAGAGGAAUUCAUCGUGCCCUGUGGGGCCUGCAGACAAGUAAUGAGAGAGUUCAGUAGAGACUGGGACAUUUACAUGACGAAGCCAGAUGGGACCUAUAUAGUCAAGACUCUUCAAGAGCUCCUGCCCCUGUCAUUUGGACCAGAAGAUCUGAAGAAGUUCUGAAGAGUAUGUGGAGCAUGUGAUCUGCAACGACACUAAAGAACCUCCAGACAAUCUUAUGCUUUCUGUCUGCAGGACGAAGAUUUAUUUCAGAUACUUCCCAACUCUGUCUCCUAGGGAAUGUCAUUCAACUUCUGUAAGCCUCAGGGAACUCCAAUGCAAAUAAUUUUCAUUUAUACUAGGCCUGGGGAAGGGGUGGCAAGAACCAGAUCUGCCUCAUUGUGAAUUGGCCAAUCCCAAACGUUCACAAGUUCGGUUUAGCAGACAUGGCAGUAUGAUGUCAUGGUUAGAGCAGGUUGGGAAUUUGUCAACAAAACAUUUUGCAUGGGAAAACGCCAGUUCAUCGAAACAGUGUGAGCUAGUCACAUGACCACUCUGUGCCUCAGUUUCCUCACCUGAAUAAUGAUGCAUUAAUCUUUUUUUGCAAAGUGAUUUGAGAUGCUUGGGUGAGAAAUGCUUUUAUAGUGCUAAAUAUUAUUAUUGCUCACAUUAAUGCAGUUACUCCAGAUUUAUACUGGUUUAACUGAGACCGGUCUCUGGCCGGUCUCAUAUAAGAGUCUCAUAUAAGGUCAGAAUGUAAAUUCUAAUAUACUAGAGGGUCCACAUUAUUCUGAAACAUAUUACUCAAGCACAAUGGGCCAAGUGCACCUUCUCCCCCACAUCUUCCUACCUCAGGUUAUAUGCUGUACAUUUAUUUACUAGUGAUUAGAGAACAACCAAACUAAAGAUUCAUUGAGUUCUGGUUUGGAUCCAGAUCUCAUUUUAUGCAAACCUCUAAAGUUCCAAUGGAGGAGAAUUUAACACGGAGUUUUAAUUCUGGCCCAUCACUACUGUUGAUCAAAAUUGCACAGAUCAAUAAAUCAUACAAAUCCAGGAAUUCUGUAAUGUAAAAUAGUUAUUUGUAAAGAUAAGAAGAAAAACUAAAUAAGAGAGAAGAGAAACUAAAGGUUUAAUAAAUCCAAAGUAUACUAUCUUGUUCAUCUAUAAAUCAGGUUAUUAUUAAGCAACAGCCUAUAGUAAAUUGAGCAUUUUACAUUAUGCUGUUUAUUGUAACUUAAUUUUCAACCCUUUGUGAACAUCCUCUUCUUCGUUACCCUUAGUUUAUUUUUCUUGAUUUUAUUUUAUUUUUCUGUGUGUGAGAAUGGAUGGGAAAGGGAAUGUAGUGGUGAGAACCGGACAAUACCGUAGCAGUUCUGUCUUCAGAAGAAUAUGAUGUUAUGACCGUGCUACAUUAGGCACAAUGAAAUGAUCUGAAGUGAACAAAAAUGGGUUAAUUUUUUCUAAUCAUGAAGCACUGUUGGUUAUUUACAUGUUAUUGUAAAUGUCCAAACAGAAUAAAUGUGGUCACUAAUUCUA